AUGUCUGCCUCUGCUGUUUUCAUUCUGGACAUGAAGGGGAAGCCCUUGAUCUGCCGGAACUACAAGGGGGACGUGAACAUGGCAGAGAUAGACCACUUCAUGCCCCUGCUGAUGCAGAAGGAAGAAGAGGGAGCCCUGACCCCACUGCUGACCCAUGGCAGGGUGCACUUCCUGUGGAUCAAACAUAGCAACCUUUACUUGGUGGCCACCACACUCAAGAAUGCCAAUGCUUCCCUGGUCUAUUCGUUCCUCUACAAGGCUGUGGAGGUAUUCUCUGAGUACUUCAAGGAGCUAGAGGAGGAGAGCAUCCGUGACAACUUCGUCAUUGUCUAUGAGCUGUUGGAUGAGCUCAUGGAUUUUGGCUUUCCACAGACCACGGACAGCAAAAUCCUCCAGGAGUAUAUCACUCAACAGGGCAACAAAUUAGAGACAGGCAAGUCCCGGGUACCCCCAACAGUCACCAAUGCUGUUUCUUGGCGCUCAGAGGGUAUCAAGUAUAAGAAGAACGAGGUUUUUAUUGAUGUGAUCGAGUCUGUCAACCUAUUGGUAAGCCCUGGGAAACUAAGGGUGGGGGUAGGAGUCAAUGCCAAUGGCAGUGUGCUGCUGAGUGAGAUUGUGGGCACCAUUAAGCUGAAGGUGUUCUUGUCUGGCAUGCCGGAGCUGAGAUUAGGCCUCAAUGACAGGGUGCUUUUUGAACUCACUGGCCGCAACAAAAACAAGUCUGUUGAAUUGGAAGAUGUUAAGUUCCAUCAGUGUGUACGGCUCUCUAGAUUUGACAAUGAUCGAACCAUCUCCUUCAUCCCACCUGAUGGUGACUUUGAGCUCAUGUCUUAUCGACUCAAUACCCAGGUAAAACCACUGAUCUGGAUUGAGUCUGUCAUUGAGAAGUUUUCACACAGCCGAGUAGAAAUUAUGGUUAAGGCUAAGGGCCAGUUUAAGAAGCAGUCGGUGGCCAACAGUGUGGAGAUCGCCAUCCCAGUGCCCAGUGAUGCAGAUUCCCCCCGAUUCAAAACCAGUGUGGGCAGUGCCAAGUACCUGCCUGAGAAAAAUGUGGUUAUCUGGAACAUCAAGUCCUUUCCUGGAGGAAAGGAAUACCUGAUGAGAGCACACUUUGGCUUACCCAGUGUGGAGAAAGAAGAAGUGGAGGGCCGGCCUCCCAUCUCUGUCAAAUUUGAGAUUCCUUAUUUUACUGUCUCUGGGAUUCAGGUCCGGUACAUGAAGAUCAUUGAGAAGAGCGGGUACCAAGCCCUUCCCUGGGUUCGAUACAUCACCCAGAGUGGAGACUAUCAGCUUCGGACCAGUUAGAAAAGAAACAGAGCCCGGAGCAGCUGAGACUGACAUCUUACCUUGAGGACCCUCCUGCCCAAAGUUUUUCUUUCAAGAGUGUGUUUGUGAGAGUGAAUGGCCCCUGUUCUUGUGCCUAUCUGAGAGGCAUUCCAUCUGUGUCUAUGAAUGAGAAGCAAGUCUGUCUUUGUGUUUAAGGGGCUGCUUUGGCCCUCAUCUGUUUGAGGGGUGCCUAUGAUCCUUGUUUGUGAAGUCUGCCUUGUCUGUAUUUGGGAGGGUGGGCAUUCAUGGUCCUUGUCUGAGAGUCUCAGCUCCUUCGUUGUCCCCACUUGUGAUCUGGGGGCCCAAAGCCUAGAGGCAACCUCAAGUAGCUGGAGCCCCUUCUGCUAUGUCUCAAGUGGGAUUCUCCCUGAUUGGGGAGAGAGGUGACAAGAAUCUGCCUAGAACUCUCUCUUUCCUAUUUUUAUAUGAAGUAAAGGUGGGGAAACUGAUUUAUCCCCACACCCUCCCCCCACUGCCACAGUGCCUUGUCAGGAGAGCCGGCUGUGCCUUGGACCCCCUGAGUUUUCCACCCUCCUGUAUUCUGAGACUGGCUUCUCUG